GACAGGCAUUUAAAAAUGGCGGAAUCAUCGACGAGAGAUUCGGAUGAUGAUCAAAUUUAUUCGAAAAUAAUCAUUAUUGGGGCUGGAAUGGCCGGUUUGGCAGCGGCCAACCAUUUUUUAAAAAACGGAGAAACCGAUUUUGUUUUGCUUGAAGCAAGAGGACGUAUAGGAGGACGUAUUGUCGCUAUAGAGAUGGGGAAUGAAAAGAUCGAGUUAGGUGCUAAUUGGAUCCAUGGGGUAUUGGGCAACCCGAUAUUCGAACUAGCAAUGGCAAACGGAUUGAUAGACAUAAUAAGCGUGCCAAAACCACAUAAGGUAGUAGCAGCAAUGGAGGAUGGAAAACAAGUGCCAUUCCAAGUGCUUCAAGAAAUUUACGAAGCCUAUGUGUGUUUCCUAAGGCGCUGUGAGGAAUAUUUUUUAAGUGCCUACAGCCCCCCUGAGGGAGUAGACAGUGUAGGUGCUCACAUUGCACUUGAAGCUCAUCUUUAUCUCUCUUCACUGCCCCCCGAAGAAAGGAGACGAAGAGAAUUACUUUUUGACUGUUUGCUCAAAAGAGAAACGUGCAUAACUGGCUGUGAUACAAUGGACGAAGUAGAUCUCUUGGAGAUGGGAUCUUAUGCAGAACUUCAGGGUGGAAAUAUAAGCUUGCCGCAAGGGUACAGCGCGAUUCUGGAACCAGUUGCCAGACACAUUCCUAAAAAUUGUAUUCGCACUAGGCAUAUCGUCUCAUGUAUAAGGUGGGAUAAUGCAGAUGCAACAGAUGGUACUGAUUCUGAUGAUUCUGAUAGAACAGUAAUACGAAGUACCGCAAAAGAUUGGCCUGUAGAGGUGUGUUGUGAAAAUGGCAAGAAAUUUUUUGCAGAAAAAAUUGUUUGCACCUUACCGUUGGGUGUACUAAAAGAAAAAGCCCGUGAGCUGUUCAAGCCGCCAUUACCCGCUUCUAAAUUAGAUGCUAUAGAUCGGCUCUUAUUUGGAACUGUCGAUAAAAUAUUCCUAGAGUACGAAAGACCAUUCCUGAAUCCAGGAAUAUCUGAAAUCAUGCUUCUCUGGGAUGACAGGAGUUUGCCAGAGGCCGAGAAAGAGGAUCUAAGUAAAACUUGGUUCCGGAAAAUUUACUCGUUCAGUAAAGUUUCAGAUACGUUAUUACUUGGUUGGAUAUCUGGAAACGCUGCUGAAUACAUGGAAAGGCUAAGUACAAAAGAGGUAGCUGAAGCGUGUACGUCUAUACUGAGAAGAUUCCUCAACGAUCCGUUUGUCCCUGUACCAAAAUCCUGCGUAACAACUUCGUGGCACUCACAGCCAUUUAGUCGAGGUUCUUAUACAGCAAUAGCAGUUGGCGCAGGGCAGAUGGAUAUCGAAACCAUUGUUGAACCUUUGCACAGUGGCGACGAUGCAACAAAUUUAAGAGUGACAUUUGCCGGGGAACAUACUCACUCGUCGUUUUACAGUACUGUUCAUGGAGCUUAUUUAACAGGCAGACGGGCCGCGCAAACUAUUCUAGACUCGAGAAAAAAGAAAAAGCAACCACUAAGUCUCAGUUGCGAAGAGACAAGUGAUCUCAGUUCAUGGAUCCAAGGCAUUUCUCUAGAUUAGUUUCGAUUAUUCUUUCAGCCCAUUCCAUCUCAGAGCAAAAGAAAAUGACUUAAGAAUUUAAUUGACCAUUUGGCCUAAGCAAACACCAUGCGUAUAGAUUUCCAGAAUGGGAAAAAAAUGUUCCUGCACAUCUCACAUUUUAAAAUUAAUUAAAUGAAUAUCGAGAGUCUUUUGAGUUUUAUCAUUACGCGCAUUAUAGAGAAUAAUUUAGAGCAAUUUCAGUAUUUUAUUUUUGAUCUUCGCCUUACAUACGCGCUAUGUACAUACUCCGAGGAAACGUAUGUAUUUUUAAAUUCCAGCAAGUGAUACAAAACGUACGUGAAAAAAUUUUUAUUGCACUUAACUUUUAAACUCAUUGAUACUCUCAGAAAAUGCAGUUGUUAUACAAAACACAGCUGUGUGACGUGAUUUGAUCGUGCAAACAAUAUUGCUUGUAUUAGAAAAUUUAGGGCAAAAUAAUUCAUUUUUAAGCUAGUUUUUUUGCUUCCCUGUAAUAAGAGGAACUGUAAGUAGAUGAUAUAUAGUAACGUAGCUCAAUGUCUUCUAAUUCGUUUGAUUAUACAGCUAUAUUGAAAUGAAACAAUAGUUUGUUUCAAAUACUUUUAAGCCUAUGAGGUUGUGCUGAAAUAAUUUUUUUAUCCACUUCUUAAUUUUACUAAUGCUUUGUAUAUGAUUCCGAUUUAUACGCACGUAGAUCGCAACGUUGUAAAUAUAAUAUAAUUCAUGAUUGCCUACGUUAUGUACAUAAAAUAUCUGUCUAGUAUUAGAUUUCGAUGAGAAUAGCGGUACGCAUAAUUCAGGCAGCAAAGCUUAUUCACAACAAUUUUUCAUGUAUCACAUUGUCUGUGACAUAAAUCUAGUCAAAUAAUAUCCGUCAUUUAUGGCAAAUAAUUGGAACCUUCUUUGAAAUUGAUUUAAUUUAAUAAGUCAUGGUUUACCGCGCCUUAAAAAUUAUACCAAAAAGUGGUGAUUGAAUACAUAUAUAUUUCUUUAAAAUGACAGGUGGAUGUUGCACGUUUCGUGAAUUUCUCCCCUUACUUGUAUGUAAUAAGUGCAAGUAGACCUAGCUGUAUCGAUUGCCAACACGAAGGUUUACAUUUUUUUCCUGUCGAUGACAUCGAACCUUGUAUAAAUCAGACGAAAGCGUUUGUUCUCUGAUGACUUUAUUCAUCAAGCUUAAUCGAUUCGCAGUACAUGGUAAUGUUCUAAAAUAACAUCAGUGAGCAGAUUUAUAUAGAUAUAUUAGCAUAAUCUCUGCUGUUAUCGAUGACAGAGCUGGGAUCUUGCGAUCAUCUAUACCAAAGUACCUUACUACUGAAUAACAUGCAUUUUCAAAGUGAAACUCGUAUAAGUUUGUUAGCAUGGGGGCUCAUGCAAUAUUCUAUAUAAGUAUCGGUUAGCGAUCGUGUACACACUAGAUGCCGUGGCGAGGAUGAGAUUAGUCUAGUCGUAAUUUUACGUCAUUUUCAGUAAAAUUAAUAGGCCUUUCGAUACUGGUAGCAAUCGAUGUACAUUUUGUUUAUAAUGUGUGUAAAGAUAUAGACUUAUCAUUUAGAAGCCAUGUCUUUUACCCAAUUGUCCUAAAGUACUUUGUAUACCGAACUAACAGUCACUGGAUUUCGUAUGGUAUCUCGCUAUACCAGCAGUAUUAUAACAAUCAAAAUGUUUGAUGUAUAAAAAGCUAUUUCAGAUCAGUACAAGAAUGCACAAAGCCAAAGCUCGUUUGCGUGAAAUGACCAGUAACUACUUUAGGUACUUGUUAUGUUACUACUUUUUUUCACUUGCUGAAUGCAGUAAAAUGUGUCGACUCAAUUUUCAGUUGAUCAUAAUUUUAUUCUAUUAUAUAUACUGUAACCUUUUACAGAUGAUGCGAUGUUUAUUUAUAUACGUGUACGUUGUCGUUAAUCAUACAUAUUUAUUAUGGAUAUUUAUAAUGUGAAUAAAAUAACCUUUAUCAUGAUUGAAAGUUUUACAGUUCUUAUUCAGUCGCAAUUAUCAAAAGGACUCGCAGGUCAAGUAGCAGCAUUCUGUAAUCUCUUAUUUCACUUCGUAAGUUACUUGUUACAUUUCACUUGGUACAAUAAUACGAGUUGCGAUAUCAAUAAAUUCGAACUUAAUAAAACAAUAAAUUUUUUCAUUGAGGAUAAAAAGCUUCUUUGCUCGUCGGGUGCGUCAUUGUGUUCAAAAUUUGCUAGAGAUAUAAUUUGCACGUCAAUUAUUGCUCCACUUUUAUUAACUUUCAAUAGAAGCCAAUCGCCAAUAAUGAAAUUUGUUGCAAUGUUCUUUUUAUAAAAGUUUGACUGUUGGACGACAAGUUCUCGUGUGUAAAAUCGUUAUUCACUUAUCACAAAAUCAACUGUUGAUUCUUUACAACUGAUUUCUAAAAUUCCUAACUGUAAAAUAUCAAAUUAAUGUGUAUUUUUUAAAGUUCAUGAAGAUAUCCAGUCCUUCCCGGUCAAAAGCUAUCGUUCUAAUCGCCGGUAAAAAUGUUUAAUGUACACACAAUAGUUAUACCCACGUUCCAUAAGGCAUAGAAUAAUUUUACACAAUUGUAACACGCCAAUCACGUUUUUGGCAUAAUAUAUUCAAUUCAUCGAAUAGCUCACUGUUACGGCCAAAUUUCACUCCUAAAUUUAAUUUUAAAUAUCAUCAAAAAAGCGCUUACAAAAAUACGGAUGAUCCUUUAUCCCAAUUUGAUUUUACUGUGCAUUAAGACUUGUUUAUAUUUUUCUAAAAAUAAUUAUAACACAAGACUGUAUAUCUUCAAAUUUAUCUUUAAUUCUUAAAAUGAGUUAUACAGGCUACACACAACAAUGGAUCGUUCACUGAAUGUCUAAUGGUACACAUUUCUUUGUAAAAGUUGUGGUUAUGCUUAAAAAAAAGUUUAAAAAAAUAUACAUACUUUUUUAGUGCGUUCGGUUUUUACAUCUGAUUCCUUGAUUACUUCGAAACGCAAAGCUUCUUGCCUCUUCUCACGACACAUUUCAAAGUGUUCUUCUCUGUUCUCGCAACGCGUUUCAAGGUAAUCGAGGAAUCAGAUCUAAUACCGAACGCAGCUUUAUUUAUCGGAAA